AUGAGAGUCCUGCAAACCGACCGGGUACCCGAAGCAUGGGUCCACAUAAAGAAUGUCUUUGAAAUUAACUGUGCUAGAGGUGCUGGUGCUGCAUGGUGUGUUCAUACUCAUGCAUCUCACUCUUACACUGGAAUAGAUUCUUCUCAAGAUAUCAUUAACUUAUGUCAACGACUUUAUUCGAAAAUUCCUCGACUUUCCUUCGUAGUAGCUAAUGCAACAAACCAUUUUCCAUUUGAAAAUGAUGAAUUAAUUAUUGAAGAAAAGGUUAAUAUUACAAGGAAUAUUCUUCAUGCACUUGACAUUCAAAAUAAAUAUCGUACUGAUUUCAUUCAACGUUAUAUUCAACCUGAAGAACAAGAAUAUUUUCGUCUGUUUGCUGGAUUACCUGGUACUCAAAUUUAUGACGAUAUGAGCCAAGGAUGUUCAGAAUAUUGGCGAGUUGUAUUUCGAAAGAAGAAAACAACAAAUAUGCCUAUCAUCUGA